CCUAGCGCGCAACUUGCGGCAGGCUCCCUCCGCCUCCGCGCCCCGCCUGGUCGUUUGCAGGCGCGCGCACCUCCCCGAGCGGGUGCUCCCCGGGCCCGGAGGAUUCCAGCAAGCGGCGAUUGGCUGAUGCAGUGGCUGUGUAUCGGCCCUGAGAAACUCUGGGCGAACGCUUAGAGUCGGCCUCGGGGCGGUGCUGGGAGCAUCUCAGCUAAUCCAAAAGUAAAUGAGGAACUUAGAAAACGAUUGCCAACUCCAGAUCAACAUAUUUAGAGAAAAUUGGAAAAGGAGAAGCUUACUACAGCUUUAUUUGAGAACUUUUUAAAGAAUGCAGAGUUCUAGCUGUGAGCUUCAGCUCUUGGAGCAAAACCCAGAGACAUUGCCAGAGCAAACAAGAACAGAAGUACACAUGGAGGACUGGUCAAAAGCCCAUAGUUAUAUUGAACAAGAGACUACAGGGAGAGAUAAAAGUGCACUGCCAGAUGAGCAACUGACUGAGAGUUCUAAGGGCAGCAUGCAUCAGAAGUCCAGUGAAUUAGUUAAUGAAGCUGCACAUGAGGACACAGAUCUGCCAGAGCAGAAAUCAAGGAAUUUUCCUAAUCCAGGUGAUGAGACAUCUUACUGCACUACAGAAACAUCCACCAUUAUAGAACAUACAAAUAAUGAUUUGCAUUAUGAAUAUAUGAUUCCAUGUCAAGUUACUUCAGACUUAAAUAAAGAGAAGACUAUAGCAUUUCUUCAAACAGAGUUGGACAUUCUCAGAGCAAGCAAUAAAAAGCUUCAAGAAAAACUGUCUAAAGAAGAUAAAGAACAUAGAAAAUUAAAGCUUAAAGUAGAACUCCAAGAGAAAGCAACAGAAGCUCAAAUUGCUGAAAAGACAGCAGCUCUGGUGGAAGAGGUGUAUUUUGCACAAAGGGAACGUGAAGAAGCUAUUAUGUCUCGACUACAAUUAGCCAAUGAGGAGAGAGAUGAAGCAGUCGCACGAGCCAAGCAAAUGGAAAGGUCUCUAAAAGAGCUAGAAAAUAUUAACCCUGAAGAAAAUGACAUGACAUUACAGGAAUUACUGAACAGAAUAAACAAUGCAGACACAGGCAUAGCUAUUGAGAAGAAUGGAGCUAUAAUUGUGGAUAGAAUCUACAAGACCAAGGCAUGUAAAAAGAGAAUAACUGCGGAAGAAAUGAAUGCAGUGAUAGAAGAACGGGAUGCUGCUUUGUCUCAGUGCAAACGGCUGGAGCAGGAGCUUCAUCGUUUGAAAGAGCAGAACCAGACUUCAGCAAACAACAUGAGACAUCUGACUGCUGAAAACAAUCAAGAACGUGCUCUGAAGGCAAAGUUAUUAGCCAUGCAAGAAGCCAGAGAAACUGCAGUUCAGCAGUACAAAAAACUGGAAGAAGAAAUCCAGACCCUUCGAGUUUACUACAGUUUACACAAAUCAUUAUCCCAAGAAGAAAAUCUGAAGGAUCAGUUUAACCAUACCCUUAGUACCUAUGAAGAAGCUUUAAAGAAUAGAGAGAACAUUGUUUCCAUCACUCAGCAACAAAAUGAGGAACUGGCUACCCAACUGCAGCAGGCUCUGGCAGAUCGAGCAAACAUGGAAUUAGAGCUUCGGCAGGCAGUGGAGGCUUCCCAGGCGGCCAAUGAGAGAGUUCAGAAGUUGGAAAGGCUGGUGGACGUCCUGAGGAAAAAGGUUGGAACAGGGACCGUGAGGACAGUGAUCUGACUGAGAAAACGACAGUCUGGGAAGCAAUCACAUCUGGUGACCAGGCUGCUUCAUUCAACACUGUGUAAACACUAAAGCCUUAACUUAGCAAACAGUUGUUAGAAGUGGGACACUCCAACCACAUUCC